AUGGCCCUGAAUAAUGAAAAUAUCUCCCAUUUCUUGGCAGAGAUGUGGGAGACUACCAGGGAUAAGGCAGACUCAGAGAUUUCCUAUGUGUGCAGUAAGCAGAGAAAAAGGUUUAAGUUGAAGAAAACAUCUCAGAAGAAACAAGGAAACGCGACCUCUUCCCCAGAGCUGAUUGAAGACCUCCAGAAAGAACUCAUCUGCUCCAUCUGCAGGGACUACUUCACAAACCCAAUGACCAUUGAGUGUGGACACAGUUUUUGUCAUGGUUGUCUCAGAAGCUGGCAGGAAGCUUCAACCUCUUUCUCCUGUCCAGAGUGCAGGGGUGUCUCUCAGCUAAGGGAUUUCAAAGCCAAUGUUCGACUUGGGAAACUGGCAGCCAUUGCCAAAAAACGAAGACCUCAUUGUUUGCUACCUGAAGAACAUGGCAAGUGUGAGGUACAUCAGAAAGUGUACAAGCUGUUCUGUGAGGAUGACCAGAGCCCCAUCUGUGUAUUCUGUUCUCAAUCCCAGGAGUGUGAGGCUCACAAGCUCUGUCACAUAGAUAAGGCUGCUGAGAACUUCAGGCAGAAACUUGAAGAAACUGUGACUAAUUUGUGGAGGAAAACUGAGAACAUUGUUCAACAAAUGGCCAAUGACAAGAUUAAGUUUGCCCAGGAUAUGAAAGGAGUCUUAAACAGGAAUGCAUUUGUGCUGCAAAAGGAAACAGAACCCUUCCACAUAUGCAUGACUAGCCUUCCCAUCUCUGGAGUUAUGGAAUGGAUUUUCAAUUUUAAAGUGAACAUCACUCUGGAUUGCAACACAGCUGUUCCCGGUCUCAUCAUAUCUGAGGAUUUGAAGAGUGUGAAAUAUGGAGGUGUCCAGAAGGAAGCACCUGACAAUAAUUUUGCACAAGUCCUUGGUGCUCAGUCUUUUAUUUCAGGGAGAUAUUACUGGGAGGUGGAGGUGCCAAAUAACACUAUCUGGGGUGUUGGCAUCUGUAAAAAAUCAAAAGAGUCUCAAGACUUCUUUGUGCCUAGGACUGUACAGGUACACAAUUCCUACCACCUAUAUGCUGCAGCCCAGCAUAAUCUUUAUUCCCAAGUCCAUAUAAAAUACCGCCAGGUCAGUGUGCCCAACUUAAAGGUGGGAAUUUUCCUUGACUAUAAACAUGGAGAGAUAUCAUUUUAUCAUGUGAAAAAUAAAUAUCUAAUUUAUACUUUCCCUAUCACUUCAUUUUCAGGACCCCUCAUGCCAUUUUUCUAUCUUUCUAAGAAAGUCCUGACAAAUGAUUGCUCUCUUACAAUCUGCCCCCAAUGGAGAGAAAUCAAGAAAUAUACAUUAUUGGCCAAAUAG